AACAGUUUCAGCGGCGACGGCUGCGGCGCGUGGCGCGCGGCUUCGGGUUUCCCCUCAGCCCCCUCACCCCCUUCACCCCCUUCCCGCCUCCGCUGCAUUAUUUAUGUCGCGGCCGCCGCCGCCGCAGCGCUGUUAUCUCCUCGCUUGUGUCGCCGUUCGAAUGCCUCGUCGCGGCGUGGGGACGAGUGGCAGAGGCCCCAGGACAUAGACCAUGGAUAGCUUGAGAAAAAAGGUGUUUACCAUGGACAGGGGUGUUGUGGAAGACUGGCUGUCCGAGUUUAAGGCCCUGCCCGAGGCCUCCAUCGGCAGCUAUGCGGACAAGCUGCAACAGAAGAUGACGCUCAUCUCGGCACUCUACAAAGUGUUACGAGAGGCGCACAGUGAGCUGCUGGAGCCCGUGUGUCACCAGCUGCUUGAGUUCACCCGUAGCGGGGAGCCGCAGCUCCGUCUCUUCACGCUGCAGUUCCUGCCCGUGCUUGUCGACCGCUACCUGACGGGCCUGGCUGCCGCACAGGGGCCGCGCCCUCGCAGCGACGGCUGCGCGGAGGCCCUUCUCCUGGGCCUCUAUAAUCUGGAGAUCGUUGAAAAGGAUGCAACCAGUAAGGUCUUGGCAUUUACAAUCCCAUCACUGUCUAAAUCUUCCAUCUAUCAUGAGCCGGGCAGCAUGGGCUCCGUGGCCAUUAUGGAGGCCACGUUGUCUGGGCGAGAUGUAGUGAGAGUGGCCUAUGCAGGACCCCUGCCACACAGAGAUGCCUUUUCUGCGCAGAACAGGUUUGAGGUGCUGACCUUCCUGCUCGUGUGUUAUAACAGCGUCGUGGUCCAAAUGCCCUCGUCCUCCUACCAGGCGCUGUGCUCAAUGUGCUCGCAAGUGUGUAUCAGCGGAUUUCCUCGGCAAAAGCAGAUCUGGAAGGAGCGACGCGCACGCAUAGCCCUCUCCCCAGAGUUUAUGGUGCAGCUGCUGACUGGCAUCUACUACACCAUAUAUAACGGUGGUUGGGAUCUGGGCAUUGAAGCACUGGACAAUGUGAUAUACCGAGCUCAGCUGGAGUUUUAUCCAGAACCCCUGCUGGUGGGUAAUGCCAUGAAAAACUCGCUGCGCUGGGAUGCUCCUGACUCGAUGGACUCGAAGCAGCAGGUGAUCCAGGUGGAAGUGACGCCCACUCUCCGCAGGCUUUCCAGAAACGCCGUCACCAGCGCAUCCAUACGGCGACACCGCUGGCGGAAAGAUGUGCUGGAGGGAAAGCCUGUGGAGGAGACCCUCGAGAUUUCCGAGCCUGAUGAAGGAUUUUCUUCGGGAACAUCCAGUGCCAGCCAUUCCGCCGCCAAUGCUACCAAGUUACCUGGCCCAUCAUUUUACCAAAAGGGCAUGAUUCGGAGAGGCGUUUGUCUCAUAGGCAACUGUAGUAAGGAGCCAGCAGGGGAAACCCAGUCGGACUUCGGGAAGCCGUUACCUGUGCAUCCUUCAUCUGAGCCUGGAAAACCAUCUUCAUUGCGAGCCGUUCUUGAAUCUGGUAACCAGCCGCCCCAGAAGCAGGGCAUGGCUGACAGCUACAAGUCACCUACUGGACAACGGACAGCCAGUGAGUCCGGCAGGGCCUUUUCCCUGCAUACAAGCAGCAAACCAUCCCCGCCUCCCCGCUCCGUGACAGAACCCGGAGGCAGACACUCAGUAGAAAUGUCAACACCGGCAGCUCUGCUCAAGGCAGGUGGAAAGGAAGUAUCCUGGCGUGCCCUUAAUCCGAGCAGCAGCCAGUCCUUGCUGCCACACAAGGAUGAGGAUCCGGGUCUGGCUGGCACAUCGACCGCCGCCCUGAGUCGCUCGUUCGAGUACGUCGGGGCAUCCGGAGGAGCGAUCUCCGAGCCCAUUGCCACGGUUUGUGGCGGGAGCGCGGCAGGCAGGAAGCGGGGGAGCCGGCAUUCGACGAGCAGCCUGCAAGAGGAGCGCCUGGCCUCGCAAUGCACCGACGCGGAGUUCCUGUCUCCUAGCCGGCAGCAUGGGCAGCAGCAGCAGCAGCCGCGUUCUCCCAGCUAUGGUGUCCAGCUGGUCACGGAGGUCUAAGCAAAUUAGUAUGGCUCAUGGCAGUUGUGCAGCAAACAGCCGAUGCGCUUUGCAGUACAAGUGUACGCGAGGAUUGUGUAGGAUAAUUACACAAAAUGUCCUUUAACUCUUAGCGUGUUUUGGGAAAUUCGAUUUUUUUUCAGUGUUAACGAGUUAUUGUCUGAAAAAUGCAGUUUAUGCCUUUAAAUCGGAAGAGAGGAAAUGCCAGGAACAUUACUUUACUAACGAUUUUGUGGUCAUUUUAAAAGAAGUAUGCAACCCCAAAAACAAAUAGCUCUUAGUCUGCAGAUACACACGGAGGCUUUGUGCCCUUGGCUGUCCAUAAACAGUCGGAAGCUUUGUUCAUUAGAAUAAAGAAUGUCAAGUGACUGGAGAUUUCUAGUGACAUCAUUGCAGUGACCAUUAAAGAGGACAAUUCAUGCUCCAGUGAUGUCACCUUGAGUGUGUCUGAAAAUUACUUUACAAAUCUAGAACAAAUCUAGAAUUUCCUUACAGUGUUUUUUUUCUCAUGAACAGUGUUAGGCAGCCUGUGACACACAGCUUAGGUAUCUGCAAGAGUUGUUUGUCUUUUGAAUCGCUUAUUUAUAUAAAACAUAGAACAUUGUUUGUAAGUAGAUGGUAAAUUAUCUCAACCAUCUCGACUGUUUUGUAUACAUGUAUACAAUGCAAUUUGGAUUUAUUGCAGUGUCUAAAUACAACCAAAUGUCAAGAUACUGUACAGAACAGUUCGCAUAUAUUUGAUAGAAAAAAGAUAGUGACAAGUAGAGAAAAAGAGGGGGGGGGAAGGUUUUCAACAUGGAAUUGAACACGUGCAGGAACUAUUCUCUUGUGUAUAGCAAUAUGUUGAGCUAAAUGCAAAUGUUGAGGUCUUCUAGCUACGACGAGAGGGCCAUUGAGAGAGUUAGUAUAGUUUUGCUAUUUUACUGUGGUCCAUAGUUUGGGUUGCAUGGCCACACUGGCUUACCUUUAAUUUUCCAUUCAUGAAGGAGAUGUGUGCAUCGGCCUGUAGAUGUUCUAAUGCAGGUUGAUGGUACACCAGUGUCUUCGAGGAAUGUCAAAGCCAGGAGGUGCGAUGUUUGCGUCUUGAGUGAGGUGUUUAUUCUGGACGUCCACGUUGUUCCAUUCUGUUCACCAGUGUUCCUUGGGAUAUAGCUGAAAUUCUAUGAUGGUGAUGGUGAACCUAUAAGGGUAAACGCGACUUGAGUCUGCAGCAAGGUACAUUGUUGAGGUCUUGAUUGAUGAGUAGGUGGGGCGAGGGCUUGCCAGCACAGAUGGCUAGGGGUGGAAAUAGUUCCAGAAGAGGAAAAUUAGCAAAUGUUGACUGGGGGCUUCGACAAAAGGCCUCAGUUGCUGGAGUGGAGAGUGCAUGGACGAAGUGAAGCGAGACGGGAAAGUAGAGGUAGGUAGGGGUCAAUUCCGUGGAGUAUCUUGAAGACGUUGAGUGCGAUAUUGGUAUUGAUACGGAAUUGAAUUGGGAGCCAGUUGAGGGAUUUCAACACUGGGGUGAUGUGUUCUUGUGGGUGAGAAGUCUGUCCGUGGAAUUUUUGCAUCGUCUGGAGUUUCGAGAUGAGGCAUUUGGGGAGGCCGUAGAGUUGCAGUCGUUGAGUUGGUAUGCGAUGAAGCCAUGGAUGAGGGUCUCGUAAAAUAAGGAAGUGGCAGAUGUGGGACGUGAUGCGCAAAUGGAGAUAUGAGGUCCUCCAGAGUUGCGAUUUAUCGGUAAGGGAUGACAGAUUUUUCACGCUCUUUGCCGGUAAAAUGUAGCCGUUGCUGGGUGUAAACUUUUCGUGGAUGAGCAAGGCAAUACUUCCGUUUGGUGACAUUUAGGUGGAGGAAGUUGAUAGCAAUCCAAAAUGAGACCGCAUAAAGGCAGGAUGUGGGAAAAAGGCCUUUGAGGUUGGGCCCAUGGAGUCAAUGGUGAUAGUCACGUCAUUGACGUAGAAAUGGUUGACAUUAAAACCGGAGUUUAUUUUGCCCAGCAGGAAGAGAGAUUGACGUGUACACAUGCACGGAACCAUAGCUGAUGAGAUUUUCCUUUGUCUCAAAUGUGUAAUUUAAUUUUCCGACGUAUUUAUUGUUAGUUUAUCGUACAAUGAUCACUACGAAAUACCAAUACUAGUGGUACUUGUCCUCACUCUUUUGUAGUCAAUUAAUUUCUGUAAUAUGACUUAUGAGUAUUCUAAAUCUGAAGAAUUGUUUCUUUAUUUUCAAAGAAAGUUUAGUUAUACUGCAUUUGUUUCUGGACCCAACGCUCUUAAGUAACGUGUCACGUAGCACGAACUAAAAUGUACAUUACUAUUUUGGUCAUGUACAUUGACUUUGGUGUGGGGUUUUUUGUAUAUAUGUAGUUUCAAAAUAUAUAUCUCGCGAAUGGGACUUGCUGGUGACUCGCUGAAAUGUAUGCAGCGUCGCGUAAGAAUUGCAAAAGCUGUGAUGGGGGGUGGGGGGGGGCAUGUGCACAAGUUGUGAAAGUUCCGGCAGCUUUGUGUGCGUCGUUUGUUAGUGCGUGUUGCGGCGCGUGGUGUUUUUUUUAUUUUCACAGGCAUACCUGUGUGAUACGGUGCAUACCAAUCAUCCGUAGGCGUAAGCUGAUGUAAGAGUCGGCCUUUUGCUCUGGACUUCCGUUUCAACGUGUGUUAUUUCACAAGGACGUAUCUGAUAAUUAUAUUCCCCAUAUUUAUAUUUGAGAAUUAGAAUGAAUGUCGUGCAGUGUCAUGGUUUCUUUUCAAAACGUAUAAAUUUAUAUUGAAAGUUUGCCACUAAUCGUUUUUGACAUUCCAUCUCAUUCCAGUGCAACAUUACACAUUCCGUUUAGUCCAUGCAAUAUAGUUAUUUACGUAUUGUAAUGCAUAUUUAUUUCCCUGUAUUCAUUUAUUUUUCAUUACUCUGUAUCCUAAGACCGAUUGUUACUUGAUGUUUCUUUUGUAUUUGAUGUAUUUUUACACUGGUGAUGUCGACACCCCAGUUGUAAGACAUGUCACUGCCGUAGCCUGUAUAAUCGCACCUCCGAUUAGCACGGUUGGCUGUGUGCGGUGUGAAAGUUAUUCUGCAUACAUGUAUUGACCUUGACAAAAACUAAAUAAAACAAAAACAUACAUUGUACAAACUGACGUGGUACUCUUACGGCAGUUGGCUUACAUGUUCAGGAGGUGGCGUCAGUGUAACAUCGUCGCCCGACAAUUAAUGCUUAGAAAUGGCUGCAUUGACAAAAUGACU